AGAGAAGCUUGGAGGUGGGCGCAGAAUGGCUAGGGUUUCAUUACCGCUGCUAGCUGUGUUUCUGCUUUGGUGGUGGGUGGCCAUGGCGAAUGUGAAUGCGGAGUACAUCAAGUACAAAGAUCCAGACCAACCGGCCGCCGUUCGAGUCGCGGACCUUCUUUCCAGAAUGACUCUCGAAGAGAAGAUCGGUCAGAUGGUUCAGAUUGAUAGAAGUGUUGCUAAUUUUGACACCAUGAAAACUUACUUCAUUGGGAGUGUGUUGAGCGGCGGCGGCAGUGCACCUCUUCCAGAGGCCACUGCGGAGGACUGGGUUAAAAUGAUUAAUGGAUUUCAGAAGGGAGCUCUUGCUAGCCGUUUGGGAAUUCCCAUGAUUUAUGGCAUUGAUGCUGUUCAUGGACACAAUAAUGUCUACAAUGCUACAAUUUUUCCGCAUAAUGUUGGACUUGGAGCUACCAGGGAUCCUGAACUGCCGAAAAGAAUUGGUGCAGCAACUGCUCUUGAAGUCCGAGCUACAGGGAUUCCUUAUGCAUUUGCUCCAUGCAUUGCGGUCUGUAGAGAUCCACGAUGGGGUCGCUGCUAUGAAAGCUACAGCGAGGAUCACAGAAUCGUGCAAGCAAUGACAGAAAUUAUCCCGGGUCUACAGGGAGAUAUUCCUGCUAAUUCUCGGAAAGGAGUACCGUAUGUUGGCGGAAAUAAAAAGGUCGCUGCUUGUGCAAAGCAUUUUGUGGGUGAUGGUGGGACAAUCAAGGGCAUCAAUGAGAACAAUACCAUCAUCGACCGACAUGAUUUGCUUAGCAUCCACAUGCCUGCUUAUUCUGAUUCCAUUAUCAAGGGUGUGUCCACAGUGAUGAUCUCCUACUCCAGUUGGAAUGGGGAAAAGAUGCAUGCAAACCAUUAGCUAGUUACUGGCUUCCUUAAAGAAACCCUAAAGUUUACCGGUUUUGUUAUAUCAGACUGGGAGGGAAUUGACAGGAUUACCUCGCCACCACACUCAAACUACACAUACUCUGUUGAAGCUUCAAUUCUUGCUGGAAUUGACAUGGUUACUCACAUGGUUCCUGUUAACUACAAAAAGUUCAUCAAUGAUCUCACGUACCUGGUCAAGAACAAUGCUAUUCCAAUGGAUCGUAUUGACGAUGCUGUUGGAAGGAUUUUGCUUGUCAAGUUUACCAUGGGUCUUUUUGAGAACCCUUUAAGUGAUCUCAGCCUAGUGAAUGAGCUUGGAAGCCAGGCUCAUAGAGAUUUAGCAAGGGAGGCUGUCAGAAAGUCACUUGUGCUCCUGAAGAAUGGAAAAAAUGGAAACAAUCCAGUUCUACCUCUUCCUAAGUAAGUGCCCAAAAUCUUGGUUGCUGGUAGUCAUGCUGAUAAUCUGGGUUACCAGUGUGGUGGAUGGACAAUGGCUUGGCAAGGAUUCAGUGGCAACAACAAUACAAGGGGAACUACCAUCCUCAGUGCUAUCAAAUCAACAGUUGAUUCAAGCACAGAAGUCGUCUAUCUUGAGAAUCCUAAUAGUGAAUUUGUCAAGUCCAACAACUUUAAAUAUGCCAUUGUGGUUGUUGGCGAGCACCCUUAUGCAGAGACUGAUGGAGACAGCAUGAACUUAACUAUGGCGGAUCCUGGCAUCACCACUGUGUGUGGAGCUGUCAAGUGCAUUGUUAUUAUUGUUUCUGGCAGACCUGUUGUCAUUGAACCGUACGUUUCAUCAAUUGAUGCCCUGGUGGCAGCAUGGUUGCCAGGAACUGAAGGCCCAGGCAUUACUGAUGUCCUCUAUCGUGAGCAUGGAUUCAGUGGAAAGCUUCCAAGAACAUGGUUCAGAAGUGUAGAUCAACUCCCAAUGAAUAUUGGGGAUGUACACUAUGAUCCACACUAUUAUAUAUAGAUUUGUGUGGACUUAUUUUAAUUGACAGACUAUAGAAACUUCACAGACUCACAUAGAAUUAUUAAAACCAUUGAUUUCAACCAGACUUUAGGCUGAUAUCUACAGACUUUUAUUGAUUCGUGAAAUCCAGAUAAUUGAUAUUAAUCGACUCAUAGUUUCUCAGUAUUCGUAAAAAAAUUGAAU